AUGACUCGUCUUCAUCCUUUUAUCGUUUCCACACUCUGUCUCCUAUCCUCUGCCUGGGGAGGUAACAUCCCUGGCAAGUCCUGCAAGGCUUACCCAGGCACUUCAGACUGGCCCUCCCAUAACACAUGGUCGCGCUUCAACGACACUCUAGGCGGGAAACUCCUUGCGCCUACGCCCCCUGGAGCCGUGUGCCAUAAGGACUGGCCUACCUAUAACAAAGAUACAUGCUCCAACGUUGCGACUGCGUGGAAGAAAUAUGACUUGCACACUGAAGACCCCGUCUCUCUUAUUUAUGAUCAGUUUUCCAACUGGACUUGUCUUCCAGAUGCAGACUUCCCGUGUAGUGGCAGUGGUUACCCUGCGUAUGUUGUCAACGUCACUAAGCCAGAGCACAUCAAGAUUGGCAUCGACUUUGCUCGCAAGCACAAGAUUAGACUCAUUGUCAAGAACACUGGCCAUGACUACAUGGGCCGCUCUAUUGCCCCAGGCUCACUGUCGCUCUGGACUCAUCAUUUAAAGGAUAUCACCUACCACAAGGGAAGCUUUAAGUUAUACAACUCAAAGACUACCAUCACUGGUGAUGCUAUCACUGCUGGUGCUGGAUCUCAGAUGUACGAUGUCUACACUUAUCUAGACAAGUAUGGCCGCGUUGUCGUCGGCGGCGGUGGAAAGUCUGUCGGGCUUGGAGGCUUCGUCACCGGAGGAGGACAUUCGCUCUUGUCGCCUCGAUACGGUCUUGCUGUUGAUCAGGUUCUUCAGAUGACGAUGGUUACACCUAGUGGUAAGAUCUUGACUAUCAACGAGGAUAACCAUCGUGAUUUGUUCUGGGCCAUGCGAGGAGGCGGCGGUUCUACCUUUGGAGUGCUCACAUCCAUCACUCUCAAAGUCUACAAAACACCCAAAAUCCUAGCUUCAAGCUGGCUAGUCGGAACUUCAUCCGAAGCGCCCUUCAAGCACGACCUCCUCGCCUACAUCCUCUCGCAGUUCCCAUCUCUUGCAGACGCCGGCCUUUCAGGCUACACUUCUCUCAGUCCAAAGGCACCCAACCCCGCCCCAUCUCCAGGCGCACCAGCAGAAGUUGCCGGGAUCCAGGGCAUUUUCGUCGCACAGGAUGUGCAAGACCCUGAGUACAUCCACAAGCUCUUCAAACCGAUCAACGAAACUCUUCAGAAGCGCUGGCCCGGCAUGGUGCAGUUUACUGCUUCGAAUGAGAAGUAUAGCUCGUUCUUGAAGUGGUACGAUGUUUAUUACGACACAGGCGCUGCCGGGGAGACCAAUUAUCUCGUCUCGAGGCUUCUGACCAAGGAUUCUUUGGAGAAAGAUGAGAAGGCUUUGGGUUAUGCGGUAGAGCAGGGAUCAAUUCCUUCAGGUGGUAUGAUCGCUCACUUGGUAGCUGGGAAGGGUGUUCGUGAUGCUCGGCCUAGGGGAGGAAGUGCUUCGGUGAAUCCUGGUUGGAGAAAGUCCUAUGUUCACAUCCUCGCUGGCCAAACCUUCGAGCCCUUCAACCGAACCGACGAAGCUCAGGCUAUAGAGAGCUUGAUCAAAACCUGGCAGCCAUUCCGCAGACUCUCGCCUGACACAGGCGCUUACGUUAACGAGGCUCUUCCCUUCGAACCAGACUGGCAGCAUACCUUCUGGGGCAGCAACUACGAGAGACUUCUGGCUAUUAAGAAAGCUGUUGAUCCUGAGGAUGUGUUUUGGUGCCUUCCAUGUGUUGGAAGCGAUAAAUGGGAGCAGAAGAGCAAUGGUCGUCUUUGCAGAAUCUAG